AAAAGAAAAAAAUACAAAGGAUCGGUAAAAGCAGAUAAACCCGAAUUAAACGUUACCGCAUGAAAGUUUAUAUAAUAACGUAACGAUGGUUGUUGCAAUGCAAUGUGACGACGACACUGAAAACAAAAAUACAAACCUCAGGUUCAUUCAGAUUAAACUGAGUAAGAGAUGGGAUCACAACAAGAACUGGAAUGGAAUGAAGCGCAAAAGAUUGUUAUAAGUGUUGAUCUUGUUGAUGUAGCGAAAAAGCAGCUUCAGUUUCUUGCUGCUGUUGAUAGAAAUCGUCAUCUUUAUGACGGUCCUGCUCUCGAUAGAGCUAUCUAUAGGUACAAUGCUUGUUGGCUUCCUUUGCUUGCCAAACAUUCCGAGUCUCGGAUUUUUGAAGGUCCUUUGGUAGUUCCUCUCGACUGUGAAUGGAUUUGGCACUGUCACAGGCUCAACCCGGUAAAGUACAAACUUGACUGUGAGGAACUUUAUGGACGUGUACUUGACAACUUUGAUGUUGUCUCUACUGUUCAAGGAAUUUGUAGCAGUCAAACUGAAGAAAUCUGGAACAAAUUGUACCCUGAUGAGCCCUACAGUUCUGAUUUGAUUAAUCUUACUCCCGAGGACAUCUGUAAAACGAUUGAAAGUCUUCCAAAAUACACUAAAUAUGAUCUGAUUUCAGCUGCUAAGAGGCAGAGCCCAUUCUUUUACCAGGUAUCAAGACCCUACAUAAAACAUUACCUAUUUAUCAAGGAAGCUGAGGCCAGAUAUAAAGGCUUUCUGUAUCUUAUCAAGAGAAACAAGAAGAAGGGUAUAAAUCGCUUUUGUGUUCCAACAUACGACAUUGACCUAAUCUGGCACUCUCACCAGUUACAUCCAGUUUCUUAUAGUAAAGACCUCAAUGAGGCACUUGGAAAAAUAUUGGAACAUGAUGAUACUGAUGCAGACAGAACUAAAGGAAAGAAACUGGAUGUUGGGUUUUCUGGAACCACCAAACAGUGGGAAGACACAUUUGGUACAAGGUAUUGGAAGGCUGGAGCACUGUAUAAGGGUAAUGCACCAUCACCUAUCACAAGUAGCCCUUUUUCAUCUAGCAAGAUUUGUAAGAAGGUUGUUUCUUCCAAUGAGCAGCCACAUGAUAAUUUGCUACAAGAACGAAAUGUUGUGGAGGUUUUCUUGGAGUUUGUUGAUGUUAAAAACUUACCAGAUGGACUGGAAGGAAGUCUCUUUGUUUUAUUUUCUAAAUCCCAGCCUGAUGCUUUCUUCGAUGCUAAAAGGAGACUUAGUAUUUUGUCAGAGUCUAGAGAGAAAAAUGUUGCAUCUUUCCAAUGUGAGCCUACUGGAGAGCUGCUUUUUGAACUCAUGUCCCAUUCUUCUUCAAAGUUAUCAUUGAGAAGAUCACCAAAGAAAUUGGGUUCUGCCGCAUUCUCUAUGCAAGACUAUCUUGAUCCAGUUUCAAAGCUCUCCAUUGAGAAAUGGUUGGAGUUAGUGCCAAACUCUGGUACUAUGAGCACAGAGCCAAUCCUGUUACGAGUUGCCAUCUCGUUUACUGUUCCAAUUCCUGCCCCAUAUACGCUCCAAUUGGCUCAAUCUCGUCCAGUGUCCAAAAAUACAUGUUUCUUUAACAUUCCUGUUAAGCCUCAACAUGCCAAGAGCUGGACUAAUGUUACAGAUGAAAAUGGCACCAGAAUCAUCAGGCUGCAAAUGAGGGACUUGAAAAACAUAAAGAACUUAGAAAACCUUGCAAAGGAGGUUGUUGGCCUCAUGGAAUCUGGUGAAACUCGUACACUUGCUGAGUAUAUGGAAAAUGGGUGGAGUUUUAUGAACAACCUUUGGUUGUUACACCUUCCAAUCAAAAGCAAGAAUGAUGGUCAUAUCUUUGAGCUUACGGGAACCAAAACAAUCAAAAUAUUUUCCGGAAGAAAGGGAGAAUAUGAACGGAGAUAUCAUGUGAAACAAGGAAAUGAAAUAGACUUCUUAACAGCAGUUGAAUUCUCCAAAGAAGAUCCUUAUGGAAAAGCAGUAGCUUUGCUGGACUUGAAAUCUAAACUUGUUUCGGCAAAGGAAAAGUGGAUGGUGUUGCCUGGAAUUAUAUUGGCUUUUAUUGCUUCUGAUAUAAUGAAAAAGGAAGUAUAUGAAGGCAUCAUUGCCAAAAGUAAUGAUUUGGAAGUGAGUGGCACAGAUGAGGAAAUUGAAAAGAAUGACUUGGACAGAGCAGAUUUAAGCAGAGAAGUGCACAGUGGAGAUGCAGGGGUAACAAAAAAGGUUGUACUCUCAAGUGGAGGGUGUGGUAGUGGAUGUGGCAGUGGCUGUGGGAAUGCAGUGAACAGUGCUGGCUGUGGGGGGUGUGGUGCUGGUGGUUGUGGCGCAGGUUGUGGAAAUAUGAUCAAGAGUGGUGGCUGUGGUGGUUGCGGUAGUGGUUGUGGCAGCGGCUGUGGAGGAGGGUGUGGAAAUAUAAUCAAGAGUGGUGGUUGCGGUGGUGGUUGUGGUGGAGGAUGUGGAGGAGGGUGUGGAAAUAUGGUGGAGAGUGGUGGUUGUGGUGGAGGGUGUGGAGGAGGGUGCGGAAAUAUGGUGGAGAGUGGUGGCUGUGGUGGUGGUUGUGGUGGAGGGUGUGGAGGAGGGUGCGGAAAUAUGGUGGAGAGUGGUGGCUGUGGUGGUGGUUGUGGUGGAGGGUGUGGAGGAGGUUGUGGAAAUAUGGUGGGGAGUGGAGGGUGUGAAAAUGAUAACAUGAAGAAGAGUAGUGGGUGUGGUGGAGGGUGUGGUGGUUGUGGCGGAGAUAUUUUGGACAGUAACUGUGGCUUCAAUGAGCAUUCAAACAAGGAAGGACACUACAUGAACGAAGAACCAGUUGCUGCUGCAUGAAGCAUGUAUGAUUGUUAUGUGUACAAGUAGUGUGCAAACCUAUGUCUAUGAUAUGAGAUCUCUCCCAUUGAUGUGUUUCUUAUUAUAUAGAAAUAAAGUGUAAAGAAUUAACAUGAGAGAGUUGAUUAUGUGAUGUAUAAUGAGAUUGUGACUUGCAUAUAAA